GGGCCUGCGUAUCUGUGCUCUCCAUGCCCGUAACACGUACGAAACGCGUCCACCGCUAUCAAAAACAAGCUGCAGCAAAGCGCGAUGAGCUCCAGGCAGUCAAGUCUCAGCGAUCUGCCCUGCAAAUGGCCACCCUUGCAGUGAUCUUUUUGACGAGCACGGCUUUCUCUCUCGGCAUUCCUGUACCCAUGCACACCUCCGUGCUCAGUGGGCUUGCGUGGCUGGAUGAGAUUUUGGCUGGACAUCCAAUGCGGUGCUCGCGCGCGCUAGGGAUGAGCGCAAUCCAGUUCUGCCUCUUGUAUGGGGAGCUGCUGUCCAUGCGGGCUAUUGAAGAUAGCCGCUACAUCUGCGGCCAAGAGCAGCUUGCAAUCAUGGUAUAUUGGAUGGUUCAUGGCAGCAGUCAAUGGGAGUUACAAGAGCGGUUCCAGCGAUCAGGUGACACAAUCAGCCGCUACGUUAACCGCGGUCUGAUUGCACUGACAGAUGUGUUCUAUCAACGUUAUGUCUGCCUCCCUGCCAACAAAACCCUGGAGACCAUUUGCAAGAACCCAAGAUACUACCCUUUCUUUUGCUACUGUCGAGGAGCUGUUGACGGCGUCCAUGUCCUUGCAUAUGCAUCUGCGGAUCACCUAGCUUGCCAUCGGGACCGACAUGGACUCAUCACACAGAAUGUACUUGCCACAUGCGACUUUUCCCUCCGCUUUUUGCAUGCCAUGCCUGGGUACAAAGGCACUGCGGGUGAUGGGUUGCUGUUCCAGGUUGCUCAUGAGAAUGGAUACACCCUUGAGGUUGGUUGCUUCUACCUAGCUGAUGCCGGAUUCCCCAACUGUGAUAUUCUGAUGACACCAUAUUGCGGAGUGAGGUACCAUCUGAAAGAGUGGCGCACAGGAAAUCAACGACCGAGGAACCCACAAGAGCUGUUCAACCUUCGCCAUGCUAGACUGCGCAAUGUGAUUGAGCGGAGUUUUGGCGUCAUCAAGCGAUGUUUCCCCAUUUUGACAUCGCAAUGAGAAUUUGGCUACCAACAGCAGGCACUGAUGGUUGGAGCCUGCACGGCAUUGCACAAUUUCUUGCGUGUUCACCAAUCGCUUCAAGAGAUUGAAGACGAGGAGGGUUACGAUGUACAUGGUGAUCCAUAUCUGGCAGGGCCUGGGAAUCAUGCUGGGCCCAUGAUCCCGCUUCAAGCAGUUGACAAAGCAGAGAAGCUCAGAGCUGAUGCGCGACGAGAUCGGAUAGCGGAGGCAAUGUGGCACAAGUUUGUGGCAGAUCGCCCAGAGCUCAAUGUGUAGAAUACAAACGGAUAUGUAUUGGAUGGCAGUACAGCUGGAAGAAUCAUUACAGGAAUUACACGGGCAUUACAACAUGACAAGGCGAGACUGGGAUAAGGAAUGGACAAAGCAGUGAGAGGUAUGAUCAUGCGAGUGUAUAAUGCAAGGAUGCGAUAAGUAGUCAAGUGGAGGUGGCGGCAUUAGCUAUGACACGUGCAAUAUGGGCCUUACGGCGCUGGUGAUCCUUCUCACGGAUGAGAAUACGAGCCAUGACCGGCUCGCGGCUCAAAGCUUGUACAGCAGUGGUGUAGAGGUCACCAUCGGGAUCCUCAGGCAGAAGUGUAGAGUCGGCCAGGAUUUCAAUGAUGGCGUCAAUGUGGG